AGAGUGAACUCCCAUUCCAACAUGGCGCUCCCCUUGCGGACCAAUUUGAAACAUUUCAUCUGCUUAAUUCAGAGGUUUAAACCCCUGGAAAGGUGCUUCUGCGCUGCUGCCUGCCCGGAAAUCAAGGAGCCUCCAAUAAUUGCUCGCGUGUUCUCAGGGAUCCAACCGACCGGAGUGCCGCAUCUAGGCAACUACUUAGGCGCUCUGGAAAACUGGGUGGCCCUGCAGAACGAGUACCCCUCGGUGCUCUACAGCAUUGUGGACCUGCACUCCAUCACUCAGCCUCAGAAUCCAGACAAGCUCAGGAACAACAUCCUGGACAUGGCAGCGAGCUUGCUGGCCUGUGGAAUCAACCCAGAGAAGGCGAUCCUGUUUCAGCAGUCUCAGGUGUCCGAGCACGCUGAGUUCUGCUGGAUCCUCGGCUGCCUGACCAGCAUGCCCCGGCUACGCCACCUACCCCAGUGGAAGAUGAAGAGCAAGCAGAAGAACGAGGGCAGCGUUGGGCUCUACAUUUACCCCGUCCUGCAGGCCUCCGACAUCCUGCUCUACAAGUCCACACAUGUCCCCGUCGGAGAGGACCAGGUCCAGCAUCUGGAGCUGGCUCAGGAUCUGGCCCGGAUCUUCAACCUGCAUUACGGAGAGCUGUUCCCUGAGCCGCAGGCGCUGCUGAGUUCGACGCGAAAGGUCAAGUCCCUCCGCGACCCCUCCUCCAAAAUGUCAAAGUCCGACUCACAGGCGAUGGCCACCAUCUUCAUCACCGACUCGCCGGACGACAUCGCCCUGAAGAUCCGCCGCGCCAUCACGGACUUCACCUCCGAGGUCACCUUCGACCCGCAGGCGCGCCCCGGCGUGUCCAACCUGGUGACCAUCCACGCCGCCGUGGCCAGGCUCAGCGUGGAGGAGGCGGUGUCGGCAGCCAAGGGGCUGGACACGGGGGCCUACAAGGGGCUAGUGAGCGAGGCGGUGAUCCAGAGGCUGGCGCCCAUCAGGGACGAGAUCCAGAGGCUGAAGGCGGACCCGGCGCACCUGGAGGCGCUGCUGGCCCUGGGUAACCGCAGGGCCCGGGAGCUGGCCGUACCCAUGCUGGACGAGGUCCGACACAGAGUGGGCUUCAGCUGAAAGGCGACUCACGCUGGGGAAGACACGGCUACUUAAGCUGCUGGGGUCAAAGAUGCAGGAUGUUAGUUUUUUUUUUUUUUUUAUGUUUUUUGACAUAUUUGUUAAAACUGUCACCGUGUUGUGAUGUUAUGAGACAGAUAAUCUGUGAAAAGAUUGAUCUCCUGAUCUCCCUUAGCUACUGCUGCCAACUGAAGAAAUGCACCAAAAACAACCAAUCAGAGCCAGGAAGCGGGUCUUGGCACUGUCAAUCAGCGCUGCUAAACGUGCUAACGGCGGACAAACGGCUGACUGUUACAGGAAAACUGUUUAUCUGCCAUCAAUCGGCAGGCGUUCUAACUAGCUUAGCAUUUACAAGCUAGUUAGGCUGUGCUAUCAGGAAGAAGCAGAGAAGGAGAGAGGAAGGAUGAACACCGCCACAUGGAGGAUGAUUGACAGCGCUAAGAUCCGCCUCCUCCCUCUGAUUGGUUGAUUCUUGUUAGUGCUGGAAGAAGGCAGAGGCUCUUGGUUUUUUCACAGAUCGUCUCACAAGAUGGUGACAGUUUCUAUAUGUAGAAAUAUAUUUUCUUUUAUAAAAGUUACGUACGGCAGCUUUAAUAAGUGGACUUUUUUAACGAGAAGACAUGUUGCAGUGAUGGUUCUGCUGAAAUGUUGUUGUUGGCUGUGACUCUUACAGUGAGGUGUUUGAAAUCUGACCAGUGGUCCCUAUGGAUCAGAGCUUGUUACAUCAAACACUGGAAUCAUUUAUUUAGCUCCCAGUCCUUAAUACAAUACAAUACAUGUUCCCAACUGUGUGUUUUUUAUUUUUGUCAUAUUUGUGUGCUGCCAAAACAUUCAAAUCUUCUGAAAACUGAACAAUAAAAACCCGCCUCUUUUAGAGAAUUUUCAGGUUUUAUUGUGAAUUGUUCAAAAGAAACCGAGUGGCAUCAGUUUUACUUGAGCAGACAAACACGGUCGGAAGAUUGUUUUGUUUCUGGUUUCUCUUUUUUUUUUGUUUCUUCCAGAAGAAGCUGGACCUUAAAACAAAAACUGAAGACAGCUUUCCUUUUUUCCUUUUGUUUUUUUGCUUUCCUUUUUAGUUUCAGAAAUCAAGACUACAGUCAUGGUGACAUAAUCUACUUUAAUACUGUCUUUCUAUUUAACUGUACAUUUUUUAUAUGUUAGAAAACUGAAGAUUACUUAUGUCAACAUAAUCUCCUUUAGCGUGUCUGAUGCUUUCCUUUUUCCAAAACCUGAAGAUCAGACGAAACACUUAUUGUGAUUUAAGGUGCUUAAUGCUUUACUUUUUUAUUGCUUCAAAGCUGAGAAUUAUAGUUUGAAGCAAACUGUAAUAAGAUGCUAACUGCUUUACUUCCUUUUAAUUUAAUUUAGUUUUUGUUUCCAAAACUGAAGAUUAUACUUUAGGUGACAGAAUGUACAUAAUUUUAAGGUGUUUGGUGGUUUUCUUUUUUUUUAUUAUAAUUUUUUUUCAACACUGAAGAUUAAAGUUAUAGUGACAUAAUCUACUUUACAGUAUUUAAUGUUUCCCUUUCUUUUAUUUAUUUAUUUUUUAUCUGAAACUGAAGACUACUUUUGGUGACGGGAUCUACUUCAGGGCGUUUAAUGCUCUCUUUUUUUAUUAUUUUUUUACUUCAAAACUGAAUAUUAUAGCUGUGGUGACAUAAUCUACUUUACAGUACUUAAUCCUUUCCUUUCUUGUUUCUUUUUUAUUUAUUUAUUUAAUUUAAUAUUUUUCUUAUUUUUCCACAACUGAAGUUGACACUUAAAAUGACAGAAUCUCCUUUAAGAUGCUGAAUGUUUUCCCUUUUUUUCCCCCCCUGAACUGAAGAGUAUACAUGUGGUGACAUAAUCUCCUUUAAAGAUUUUGAUUGUUCCCUUUCUCGUCUUUAAUUUUUUUAAACCAAAGUUUACCCCUGGAGUCAGGAUCUGCUCUAUGACGUUUGAUGCUUUGGUUGCUCAUCUUUGCGUCUGGACGUUGACACUCUGCUGUGUGUGUUGUUGCCGUGUUGUUGCCGUGUCGGCCUGAAACGAGUGGACGUGUUUGGCUAACUCCACGGUAAUGAACUGUGUGUGCAGAUUGGCACCCUUCACCCAAAAGAAAGCCUUUGUGCAAAUGAAUUUUUCAUUCCAGUUGUGUGAUCUCACUCUGAACAUUUUAGAAAAGCCCAGCCAUUAGUUCGACUAAUUAUUUUGUGGAGCAAAAAAAAAAAAAAAAAAA